AAUUUGGAACGUAGGCUUAAAGCACUGCGCAUCCAUGUGCUCGAUAGGUUGCUCAAAUUGUGUGAUUUGAAUGUAACUGUGUAGUUGUUUACGUGCUAGUAGAGACACGGGGGUGGUAUAAUAUUUAAUUAUUUCUCGGUGAAAAAUAUUUGAAAAACGUAUUUAUAUUUAAUAUUAUCAGUGAUAAAAAUUACGAAUUGUGAUGGUGAUAGAAUAAAAAGGAUAAAAAUAUGAAACUAUUGAAUUAUAAAUGUUUGAUUGAGUAUUGUUACAGUUUAAAAAUUUUGUUCACAAUGUUUGUAUAGGCGUUACAAUAAUUGUGUGUUUAAUAGAGAAGCGAUUUCCACAGUGAAGACAGCUAGAAAACUCCUCAAGAUGAUGUAGUUGGAUGAUUUUAGUACAUCGAAUGGUAAAUAUGAGUAAAAAAAGGAAAUUGAAACAAUCAAAAGAAAAUGAAUUCGAAUUUGAUCCCGUACCAAAACACUUGGUAGUAGCACAUUUAAAAAAUCAGGAGAAACGCCUAAUAAUUAUUUUAGAAGGUGCACAGUUGGAAACUGUAAAAGUUGGAAGUAAAUUUGAAUUAUUGAAUUGUGAUGACCACACACAUAUUCUAAAAAGUAAUAAUCGAGAUGUUGGAUCAUGUCGUCCCGAUAUAACACAUCAGUGUUUGUUGAUGUUAUUUGAUAGUCCUUUGAAUCGAGCAGGACUUUUACAAGUAUAUGUUCACACUGCAAAUAAUAUUCUAAUAGAAAUAAACCCACAAACUAGGAUUCCAAGGACGUUUAAACGUUUUGCAGGACUUAUGGUUCAACUUUUACAUAAAUUCUCUGUCCGAGCAGAAGAUGGGCCUAAACUGCUUAAGGUUAUUAAGAAUCCAAUAACAGAUCACUUGCCAGUAGGUGUAAAAAAAAUUGGGACUUCAUUUGGUGCAAAACAGGUGAAAAACUGUAGGGAAUUGGUUCCUAAAGAUGAAGAACCAAUUGCUAUUGUAAUUGGUGCAAUCGCGAGGGGCAGCAUAGAGGUAGAUUAUACCGAAGACUUUUUUUCUAUAAGUAAUUACCCACUAUCUGCGGCGUUGACGUGUACAAAACUUUGUUCUGCUUUCGAAGAGGAAUGGAAUGUUCUUUGAUACGACCGAUUGGUAUUUUCUUAGGUGUACCCCAUAAGGUUUUAAUGGCAUAUCUCAUAAUAAUGAACAUUUUCUAUUUAUAAACUUUGUAUCAAAUUAUUAAGAGAUAGGUUUUAAUCACCCAAUAAACGAUUCUAUUUAAAUUUAAUAUGCAACAAGUGUUUGAAAUUACGAAAAGGUUAUAGUGGUUCAAAUGUCCCUAUUUAAAGAAACUAACUUGACUAUAUUGUUAGUUUUAAUUAAAUUAAAUUUUCAGGACUAUAAUUUUCACUUAAAAUUUUUUCAGGAAAAGCAACUCUGCUUUCCUUUUAUUUUUUUACGGGAAAAAGUUAUGAAUGUAGAAAUUUCAAUUCAAUUGUAGAAAUACAGAGAAGUUCCUUGAAAUUUUUUUAUACUGGAUUUGUUUGUCCCUGAAUAUAGUAUUUAUUUCUUUAGCGGUGCUUGGGUUAGGUUGCUUUUAAAUGGGGUUGUUUCACUUGUGAAUGCAUGUGUACAAUAUAUACGGGUGAUAUUAAGGCGAGGAAUAUCCAAAAUUUACAUUUUUUGCUUCUAGAUGGCUAAGUUGCAUUUUAAUUUAAUCUACUACUGCAAAUCAUUCAAAUGGAUCUUUAUCCAUAGAAAUAUUAUUUCAAAUGGAAUUUUAUUUACACGUGCAAUUUGGUUCAGGCCGGACUUUAUCCACUCUAGUUUUUACAAUCAGAUGUCCACACAUGUAGACAAGAGAUGUAGAAAUGUUACAAAACGACAAAAACAAAGUAAUUGAAGUAGGUCAUUAAUUAAGAAGUUAGUUACUUUAGUUAUCUGGAUCCUUUUUCCAAUUUAGAAAAUUUUGAGAGACCAUGUAAACAUGCCGGACCAACAUAAAUGUACGAAACCUUCCAACCAAAUCAUUAUUGCUGCAAGAAAAAAGGGUUUUUCGAACACCAGACAAACUCGCAAAAGUAUAAAGCAGAGUGAAGAGAUCAAAAGCACCAAUUAGCAGCAGAAUACAGGAUGUACACAAUAGAUGGAUCCACCUACAGAGUGUGCCAAAAAAUUAUUUUGAAACGACCGCAUACUAUUGCAUAUACUAUAAUGUUAAGAAUUGAUAUUAAAGAAAUUGCAGAAAAACGAAAUAAAGUGAUUGAAUUUAUAGGUGAAUUAAAAGCCACUAUAAUGGACAAAAAUCCAGGAGACUCUAUUUACCCGCAAGUCUCAGUAUCAGGAGGCUUUAGAAAUGUACAGUUGAGAGAAUUUUGGAAAAACUACAAUAUCAUGAAUACUGUAGAAAACAUAAACCUUUCUUGGAAUGAAGUAACAGAAAGAUCUUUAAAAGGUGUAUGGAAGAACAAUUAACGAUAUUUAAGUAAGAACGAAGACAUUGGACACUCAGUCGAUAUGGAUGAAAUAGUGGAAUUAGCGAAACAAACUGGUUAAGAUGAGGUAAAUGUGGAUGACGUCGAAGAAAUAGUUCAAGAAACAGCAGCUAGUCUUUCUAAGGAUGAGCCUCAAUAAUUAACUAAGCAAAAAAGAAAACAAAAAUAUUGAUAGUAGUGAUUUCGAAAAAGAGUAAAAAGAACUUUCUAUGGUGUUUGUAAAAAGGAGUUUGACCACUAUAACUGAAAUUAUGGACCAAUUUGUUGAAAAUGUGAUCCAAAUUUUCAGAGAAGUUCAAAAACAAACCGGGGUGUUAUAGGUGUAUAUUCGUUUACAUUGUUUUCAUUUAUGUGAGAAAUAAAUGUUUGGUUUUAUUUUUAUUAAAAAAAAACAUUAAA